UAGAAGUAAUGCAUAAGGCACGAAAAGAAAUUGAAACCAUUGUUGGUCUUGACCGCCUAAUAGACGAACCUGAUGUGGCUAAUCUUCCUUAUCUUCGCAACAUCAUUGGUGAAUCAAUGCGGAUGUACCCCACAGUUCCCCUACUGGUGCCUCAUGAAUCAACAAGCAAGUGCAGGGUAGGGGGCUACCGUAUUCCACCGGCGAGCCUGUCCUGGCGACAACUUGGCGUUGAGGAUUAUUGGUUAACUCACGGGUCUUUGAUUGAGUGCUUUGAAUGGAAGAGGAUUGGGGAGGAGAUGGUGGACAUGACGGAAGGUACAGGAUUCACCAUGAAUAAGGCUCCGCCGUUGCAAGCUAAAUGCCACCCAUGUGCUGCCCUGGUUAAGCUCCUUAACCAAAUUUGAAACUAUCUGCUCCCUGUAACCUUUACCAUUACUCUUGAAAUACUUCCACUUCAUUGUUCAGUGUUGAUUUGCCUUUCAG